GAGCAGACAAUCACGUGAUGUAUGAUGGCGGCGUCCUUGCUGAGUUGUGACCGACGUUAGUGAGAAACCAUCAAUAAUCCAAGGGGGCAGCUAGGGGAGAGCGGCGGCAAUUCGGCGGCCGCCCGGCGGCUUUGAGUGAGGCGGGAGGUUGGCUCGGAGUCCGGGGGAGACCAUGGGGACCGUCCAGGCGCGGAGUUUGGAACCCCUUCCAGGCGGUGGCCCGGAUUUAUCGCCUUCAUUGGAUGAAACCGAGACAGUUGAGGUGGAACCUGAAACCAAACAGGAAAUUCUGGAAAAUAAAAGGGUGAUUGUUCAGCAUGUGCACAUUGAUGGAAUCAGCAGAACCAAAGAUGAUCUUUUAGUGUAUGAAAUUGCUGAUGUAUUCAAAGCUAAAAACCUUAUUGAAGUAAUGAAGAAAUCUCAUGAAGCCCGUGAACGGUUGCUUCGCCUAGGAAUUUUCAGAAAUGUGGAAGUCCUCAUUGAUACAGCCCAGGGUGAGGAGGCAUUGUCUGAAGGAUUGGACGUGAUCUUUGAAGUAAAGGAAAUGAGACGAUUAACUGGGAGCUACAACACUAUGGUUGGGAAUAACGAAGGAAGUAUGGUUUUGGGUCUAAAGCUACCCAAUCUAUUUGGUCGAGCAGAAAAGAUAACUUUCCAGUUCUCCUAUGGAACAAAGGAGACCUCCUAUGGCCUCUCGUACUUUAAACCACAGCCUGGAAACUUUGACAAAAAUUUUGCUGUUAAUUUGUAUAAGGUAACUGGACAGUUUCCCUGGAGCUCGCUUCGUGAGACUGAUAGAGGGGUCUCAACUGAAUACAAUUUUCCGAUAUGGAAAACCCAUCACAGUCUGAAAUGGGAGGGAGUUUGGAGGGAGCUGAGCUCUCUGUCACGCACAGCAUCUUUUUCGGUUCGGGAGGAAAGUGGUCACUCUCUCAAAUCUUCAAUUUCGCAUACCAUGACUGUUGACACCCGGAAUUCAGCAAUUCUCCCCAAACGUGGAGCUUUGCUUAAAAUAAACCAGGAGCUGGCAGGUUACACUGGAGGUGAUGUGAGCUUUUUGAAGGAGGACGUUGAGCUGCAGUUUAACAGCAGCCUGCUGUGGGAUAGUGUUCUCUCAGCUUCGCUGUGGGGUGGCCUUCUAGUACCAAUCGGUGAUAAGCCAUCCUCUAUUGCUGAUAGAUUUUACCUUGGGGGACCAACAACUGUCCGUGGUUUCAGCAUGUAUAGUAUUGGACCACAGAGUGAAGGGGACUACCUUGGUGGUGAAGCAUACUGGGCUGGAGGGCUACACUUUUACACACCUCUGCCUUUCCGUCCAGGCCAAGGAGGAUUUGGAGAUCUUUUCAGAACCCACUUCUUUCUGAAUGCUGGCAACCUUUGUAACCUCAAUUACGGAGAAGGUCCUUAUGCACACCUGCAGAAGCUGGCAGAAUGCAUUCGAUGGUCCUAUGGGGCAGGGAUUGUCCUGAGACUGGGAAACAUUGCCAGGCUGGAACUCAACUAUUGCAUUCCCAUGGGUGUGCAGAGUGGAGAUAGGAUAUGUGAUGGUGUCCAGUUUGGAGCAGGAAUAAGGUUUCUAUAAUGCCUUCUUGAAAAGGAGCAACCUACUUGUGUUUCAUUAUUGAAAGCCAAAACCAGUACUUUAUCAAAAUUAUAAUAAAGUUGUUUAUAAUUUGA